AUGGCCGACGAACGCACGCCCCUGAUCCAGCGUGUGGAUGUCAGACCCCAUCGCGACCGCUACCCACACCAUCGACUCCGCUUCUUCUGCAUGACGCUGUUGAGUGCGACGAUACUCAUAGGAGGCGUUGCUGCAAUCAUCAUCUUUAGCAUCACGCCUCCGACCCACGACAGAUUGGCGAAAGAAUCAAGCUGGAGCCUCUUCUCCGCAGCCCGUACACCCCACGGUUGGCUGCACAAGGCAGGAAUUGGCUACGAAGAGCUCCAAAGAAUAUUGUUGAGCACACCAAAGGCAGAACAAGCCAAAGAAUGGAGCAGAUACUACACGAGUGGGCCACAUCUGGCUGGCAAGAAUCUCAGCCAGGCACUAUGGACCAAGGAGCGAUGGGAAGAGUUUGGCGUCGCAAGCAUGAUUGCUGAUUACGAUGUGUAUAUCAACUACCCCAACAGCCAUCGGCUGGCUCUACUGGAAAGGAAGUUGCACAGGAAUGAUAAACCAGGCCUGCGAUCUCCUACUGCAAAGGAGGACUGGGAGGUCAGAUACGAAGCCCAACUAGAAGAAGACCUUCUGGAAGAGGACAAGUCCAGCCAACUUGAAGAUCGCAUACCCACCUUCCACGGAUACAGCGCUUCUGGUAAUGUCACAGCGCCAUACGUCUUUGUCAACUAUGGAACCUACCAGGACUUCGAGGACCUGCGCGCAGCCAACAUCAGCUUGGAAGGCAAGAUCGCGUUAGCCAAAUAUGGCGGCGUCUUCCGUGGUCUCAAGGUCAAGCGCGCGCAAGAGAUGGGCAUGGUAGGAGUGGUCAUGUACACCGAUCCGGGCGAUGAUGGCGAGGUCACUGAGAAGAAUGGCAACGCGACUUACCCUUAUGGGCCAGCCAGAAAUCCAAGCAGUGUGCAGAGAGGCAGCGUUCAAUUCUUGAGCUUCGCUCCCGGCGACCCAACAACACCAGGCUAUCCCUCCAAACCAGGCUGUCCUCGCCAGCCUGUCAACCACGCUAUCCCACAUAUCCCCUCCCUGCCAGUCUCAUACGUCGAUGCGCUUCCUCUUCUAAAGGCGCUCAAUGGGCACGGCCCGAAAGCCUCGUCGCUUAAUAAAUCCUGGCAGGGUGGUGGCUUGGAUUACAAGGGCGUGCACUACAACAUUGGACCAUCUCCAGACAAUGUUUUAUUACAUCUCGUCAACGAACAACAGUACGUCACAACACCACUCUGGAAUGUGAUUGGCAUAAUCAAUGGCACAAUCCCCGAUGAAGUUGUUGUUCUGGGGAAUCACCGCGAUGCCUGGAUCGCGGGUGGCGCCGGUGACCCUAAUAGUGGAUCUGCGGCAUUCAACGAAGUUAUCAGAAGUUUUGGAUCCGCAUUCCGAGCUGGCUGGAAGCCAUUGCGGACCAUAGUAUUCGCCAGCUGGGAUGGUGAAGAAUAUGGCCUUAUUGGGAGCACGGAGUGGGUCGAGGAAUACCUGCCUUGGCUGUCUGCUGCUACCGUGGCCUACUUGAAUGUAGAUGUAGGAGCCGUUGGUCCCGACUUCCACCUCUCAGCUGCACCGUUACUAAAACAGGUGGUCGAAGAGACAUUAAAAAUCGUUCCAUCACCCAACCAGACCAUUCCUGGCCAAUCAGUUUACUCAGCCUGGGACAAAAACGUCGGCACCAUGGGCUCCGGCAGCGACUUCACCGCUUUCCAAGACUUCGCCGGCAUCCCUUCUAUCGACAUGGGCUUCGGUUCUAGCUCAGACUCUGCCGUCUACCACUACCACAGCAACUACGACUCUUUCGACUGGAUGCAGCGCUUUGGCGACACAGACUUCGAGUAUCACGCCAUUAUUGCCAAGGUCUGGGGUCUCUUAGCCGCAAAUCUUGUCGAGACACCAGUCCUCCAGCUCAACGCUACUGAAUACGCUCUUGGGGUGCAAAAAUAUAUCGAUGCUAUUAAAGAAAAAGCUAAAGCAUCUGGCUUCCCCGUCUCCACGGGCGAUGAUGCGAGCGAUAUUUGGACACCGCUCGACGACGCAGUAUCCCAUUUCACGUUCGCAUCGCUCCUACACGACGGUACAGCCGCACAGCUUCUCGACGACUACUACCACGCCGACAUACCCUGGUGGCAGCCCUGGAAAAAGCUACAACUCUACCUUGCCAUUCGCGCCAUCAACACGAAAUACAAACUUCUAGAACGCCAGUUCUUGUACCCCGCCGGUCUAGACGGCAGACCCUGGUUCAAGCAUGUGGUGUUUGCGCCGGGCAAGUGGACGGGUUACGCGGGUGAGACCUUUCCCGGGAUUGUCGAGGGCAUUGAUGAGAAGGACCGCGAGGCUGUGGAGAGAUGGGUGGGUAUUGCAGCGAGAGCUGUUGAUGGAGCGGCAGACUUUUUAGAAGCGUGA